GGUCUGAUGACAGGCUGUCCUCCCUGCUCCAGUCUGCCAGGGGAUGGGAAUACAUGCUGAGCUCAUCCCAGGACUGCCUGACUGGUGACAGCCCACAGCAUAAUCCCCACAGGGGACACAUUACUGGGCCAUUAGUCCAACUCUUCCACCUUCAGUGCGUGCCUCUGGCUUGCCCUUGGUUCAUUCAGCCCUUUCCACUUUCUCCCAGCAACUUUCCUUUCAGAAAUAAUCCUGAGUGAUUAUAAUGUAUCAACACAGAAAUCAAUUGGAUUAGUCCAAAACCGCUGCCUCUGUAAAUCUCACCUUUAUCCCUCCUUCACCCCAGCGCAGCAUUUAAACAUAGCAACCCCCGUCAGUACUUUUCCUCUGAGGAGAUGGUUGCCAGAUUGGAGCUCGUACAUCAGGGCAAACUUUUCCUCCAACUGACAAGAAGGCGCUUGACUCUGUUAUUGUUUAUGAGGAGAAAGCUGGGGUCAAGUUCACAGGCUGGGAGAGAGACAGAGAGAGGGAGAAAGUCUGUUCCAACUCCAGCCCCGUGAGAGAGAGCAUAACUCAGCCAUGUUUGUGCUUCCCUAAUUCCUUUUGAUUUAGCAGAAAAUUGUGAGCUAAACUGCACCGCACAAAUAUUCACCACAGCUUAGCCUCUUUGCCUCACCUCGCGGCCUCUCACAAACCUGUACCCACUCCUGGUCUGCGUGUUUGUGCAUGUGCUUGUCUCUGAAAACUUUUAAAAGUGUGUGUGUGUGUUAGUCCAGUUCUGACAGCAGCCUAAGCAAAAAUACAAAUGUCUCUAAAAGGAGCUUAGCUUUAACAGCAGCUUUGGCAUAAACACUAGAACUGUUUUCUCAAGCUUUUGAUGAAAUAAGUGUUUGCAACAGCUAUUGCUAAUUCUAAUAGUUUCAAUUCCGAGAGGGAUUUUCCUGAUAUGUUUACUUGUUUGUUAGUAUUACUGGGUCAGCUGAACCAACUGUGGUAUUCUUAAUCCAAUAUCACAAACUCCCCAGAGAAGUUCAAGUCUACACUGAUAAAAAAAACAGUGUGAAUUGGUGUCUGUAAACAAGUCAAGCCGCCCGUUUUUGAGUGUGCGAAAGGUCUGUGGUUACUUAAAAGUGGAUUUGAAUCUGUCAGGAGCCGUUUGAGGACAAAGGGAAAUAUCAGAGAUUUGCUGAUAGAUGACAGCUCACUGCCAAGCCUGUAGACAACCUGAAGAUGCACACACACGUGGGAAGAAAGAUGAACUCCUCACAUUAGGACGUCUUGACCUCAACAGCAGCAUCACCCCUCAACCCAGCACCAAGGCACACAUGAAGGCACCUCUCUCCAUCCAUCCCUCUUUAAUAUCUCCUUCCUAGUCAAACUCUGUAACCCCAGCAUCUGCCCAAUGGGCGAGGGGAGCUGUCAGCAGCAAGCCCUCCCUCAUCUCUCUCUCUACCCUCCACCCCUCUCUCUCUCUCUCUCUCUCUCUCAGCUCUGACUCUGUCCACAGCGCACUGAUAAAGGAGAGGUCCGGUGUGAGCAUCCGACCCAGCACAGAAUCACACAGCCGACAGAACUGCAGAGAGUCUCCCAUCUGCCAACCUUUGGCUCCAGCUGGGAUUCGGAUCCUAUUUCUGCCUCUGAACUAAGCAAAAAAAAAACAAGGAUAAGUGUUUUGGGGAGCUGACUGGAGAGGUGAGAUAGCCGACACUUGUUGCUCGUCUUGUCAGGUAAACCUCCCGUCGGCAGGCAGAAGUGCUCAGUGGAAAGUCUGGUGCGCACAUGGCACAGACAACGCGCUCCUCACACUUCUGACAGUCGCGCUAUUAAUAUGGAGCCACACACUGGAUAAUGAGGCCUACCUACUGAAUGGGUGCCUAACCUACUUCACAUCAAACCUUCUCAGACUGAUAAAGUUUUCUUCUGAAAUCAGAAGAAUUUUUUUGGUAGUUAAAAAAAGCGCAGAGCCAUGCUGGGUUUAAACAGGAUUCUGAGCCUCCGGACAGCCAGGAUUCGGAGCUGUGGUUCGCCGGGAGCCAGACUCUCAUCCCGGUCUCCUUCAUGCCAAAACCCCGGUGCCAGUUCGAGGAUUUACUGUGCAUGUCUGUUGCUGCUGCUGGUGGUGACUCCUCGGGCGGACUCUUCAUGGUGGUACAUUGGUGCGCUCGGGGCCCGUGUGAUCUGCGACAACAUCCCAGGCUUGGUCAACAAGCAGCGGCAACUCUGCCAGCGCCACCCAGACAUCAUGCAGGCCAUCGGCGAGGGCACCAAGGAGUGGAUCAGAGAGUGCCAGCACCAGUUCAGACACCAUCGCUGGAACUGUAGCACUCUGGACCGUGACCACACCGUGUUUGGACGUGUCUUGCUACGGAGCAGUCGUGAAGCAGCAUUUGUCUAUGCCAUCUCCUCAGCAGGAGUGGUGUAUGCGCUUACUCGCGCCUGCAGCCAGGGGGAGCUGAAGACGUGUAACUGUGACCCACACAAGCGUGGACGGGCUAGCGACGAGAGAGGAGAGUUUGACUGGGGUGGCUGUAGUGAUAACAUCAACUAUGGGAUAAAGUUUGCCAAAGCCUUCAUAGAUGCCAAAGAGAGGACUGUCCGAGAUGCGCGGGCGCUUAUGAACCUUCACAACAACCGUUGUGGCAGAACAGCAGUGAAGCGAUUCAUGAAGCUGGAGUGUAAAUGUCAUGGCGUGAGCGGCUCUUGCACGCUGCGAACAUGUUGGAUGGCCAUGUCAGACUUCAGGAAGACUGGUGACUACCUGAGGAGGAAAUACAAUGGGGCCAUCGAAGUGACGAUGAAUCAGGACGGGACAGGCUUCGCUGUAGCAAACAAAGCCUUUAGGAAGGCCACCAAGAACGACCUGGUCUACUUUGAGAACUCUCCGGAUUACUGCCUACAAGACAAAUCAGCAGGCUCCCUGGGCACGGCUGGGCGGGUCUGUAAUAAGACAUCACGUGGCACAGAUGGCUGUGAGGUCAUGUGCUGUGGGCGGGGCUACGACACCACAAGAGUCAAGCAAAUCACCAAGUGCGAGUGCAAGUUCAAAUGGUGCUGCGCCGUGGAGUGUAAGGACUGUGAGGAAGCUGUGGACAUACAUACAUGCAAAGCCCCCAAACGAGCUGAAUGGCUGGACCAGACCUGAGGACACGCCCCAUCCGCCCCCUGUAAUGCAGCCCCACCCCUUUCCCCCUUACAGGACAUCCUGUGGAACAUGGCAUUCUGGGAAAGUUUGUCCAAAAGUGCUCUGCAUCUCCGCCCUCUCCUGCCCCCAUCUUGGUUCAUCAUUGCAUGGCUUUUCUACCUGUCUCUGUGAAAGCACUAGAAUUCAGUACCCAUCAAUAUGAAUUAUUACCCGUUAGCCCCUGUUUGUGAAUGGCCCUGUGACUGAACUGCUGGGAUCAGAUGAUGAACGGUGAAACCAGUGAACACUUUGGGGUUCGGGCGGAUUGGGCUUUUAUCACAGAUUCAGUCCAGACGGCCUUUUUACUAGUGUGUGGUUCUGGUUUAAAAAUGGUUUGCUGCUUUCAUGAUGCUUUAAAGACACAUUUUUACAUUAAGUGAGCCUUCAAACGUAUCCAGUAUUAUUACAACAUCAUAUACUCACAUAGUUUUCUUUCUUUUUUUGGGGAAAUACACUUUUCUACCAAAAACAAAUACUUGGUUGGACUUUGGUAGGUAGCUUGACAAGUGCCCUUUGAGAAGUGGACAUCUAAGUGCAAGUUUGGCUCUGUGUGGCCAAACAGAAGUCCAGGCAGAGGACUACAAGGGAGGACAGGGAGUUGGACACCAAAUGAAUAAAUGGACGGAUGUGUCAUUGGAACUUUGAAUGCAACUGUAAACAAAAGAAAAGGAAAAAAAGAAAAGAAAAGAAAGAAAAAGUUGUUUAAAGUGAUUUAUUUAAAUUGUAAAGUGUUGCUUUAUUUCUCAUCUGCGGAUGAGACUGCACUACAUUGGCUGACACGAUGAGAGAGAAGAGCACUCCCAUUAUUAUACAGUGUACUCUAGUUUUCAGUGUGUAAGACGACGAACUGCUGCUGACAAGUAGAAGAAGAAGAAGAAGGAGGCCUGGACGGUCAUUAAGUCACACGUAACCACAGCAUCAAACAGAUUUGACUUCUCUGCUCUCCAGCUUGCUUGUAUAACAUUGUGUAUAUUACCUUAUCUAAACAGAUGUUCAUAUGAAAUAUAUGGUGCAUUAGUAUCACACUGGAAUCUUUGUUUUUUGUU